UCAGGAUUAAUGGUGGUGACCUUCGAAACAGAAGAUUUGAGCAAGCACAACAUAUGUUUCGCCAAGCCAUGCGUACACCCAUCAUUUGGUUCCAUGUGGUUCCUGCAGCAAAUAAAGAGCAGUAUGAACAGCUAUCUCAAAGUGAGAAGAACAAUUAUUAUUCUAGCCGCUUCAGCCCUGACAGCCAGUAUAUGGAUAACAGGAGUGUGAACAGCGCAGGGCUUCACACACUGCAGAGAGCACCCAGACCGAACCAGCUGCCUGAGCAGACAGACUCAAACCCACGACUACCUCACAGUGCACACCCCUCUGGAAAACCGCCCUCAGCUCCGGCUCCAGCUCCCACACCACAGAAUGUAUUUACUACAAAUGUAAGCAGUGGUUAUAACACCAAAAAGAUAGGCAAGAGGCUUAAUAUCCAGCUUAAGAAAG